AUGACCAUCGACCCCGUAACCCAAAACGCCCUCGCCCUCCGCCUCCGUGCCCUCCACCGGCCGGGCCACCCCCUCAUCCUAGCAAACGUCUACGAUGCUGCAACAGCAACUACAAUCGCGUCCCUGCCAACAGCCACCGCCAUAGCAACAGCCUCCUACGCCAUUGCCCAAACCCUCGGCGUCCCGGAUGCCUCCCUCACCGCAACCCAGAACCUCUCCGCAGUGAAGGCCAUCGCUGAAGCCGCGCGAGCCGCCAACCCCGCCCUCCCGCUCACAGUCGACCUGCAAGACGGGUACGCCGACCCCGGCGCAACUGUCACCAUGGCGAUCACGCUUGGCGCUGUGGGCUGCAACAUCGAGGACGUGGACGGGGCGACAGGCGCGCUGCGCUCGGUGCCGGACGCCGUCGCCCGGAUACGCGCUGUGCGCCGCGCCGCGGCCGAGGCGGGCGUGCCUGAUUUCGUGGUCAACGCGCGGACGGACGUGCUGUUCCUGGGCGGGCCCGGAGCGGGCGUCGAGGAUGCGGUGCGGCGUGGGCGGGCGUUCCUAGAGGCCGGAGCGGCGUGCGUGUAUGUUUGGGGUGGACCGCGAGGGCGGGGCGUGUCGGCGGCGGAGGUGCGAGAGUUGGUGGGCGGGUUGGAUGGGCUGGUGAAUGUGAAGAUGGGGCUGGAGCCGGGAUUUUUGGGGGUGCGCGAGUUGGGCAACCUGGGGGUUGCGCGGGUGAGUGUUGGGCCUGGGCUGUGGCGGGUUGGAAUGGCGGCGCUUCGAGGAGAGGCGGAGAGGAUACUGGGCGACAGGGACGCAUGA